UACGAAACCAGAGAUUGUGAGUUCGAUCCUCACUGGAAUCGUAAUCUUUUGGUUCUCGUAACCAUUUUUUUCUGUUAUGCCAUCCAUCGGAUGCACAAAAGUCUGAAGAGAAGAGCUCAACGAAACAAGGACGCAGCCGCAAGAAAACAGGAUUGAGUUUUCUGAGAUCUUAUCAACCGACCAAAAACAAGAGACUUUGUAAACCAAUUUUGCUUGUCGAAGAAACAAAAGUCAAUUGAAUCGAACCAUCUCCUCUCUCUCUCUCACUGUCUCUCUCGUCUUCUUUGUCGGGUUUGGUUAUAUAAUUGGAGAAGCAUCAAACCAUCAACUAAUUAGACAUUCGAACGGGCUUAGCUUUGCUUUGUAAUGAAACGAGGAUUCGCACAAUCUCCGUCCAGCUCUACUCCUCCUCCUUCCUCCAGAUUCAAAUCCAACCCUCAAGGAGGUGGUGAUACAGAGUAUGAUGAAGAGGAGAGCACAAAGAAGUUUGCGAGGAAAGUAGCUGAUCAUUACAGUCGAAGAACAAACCAAACUUUGGAAGAGAGAGAAGCUAGUCCCAUCAUUCAUCUCAAGAAACUCAACAACUGGAUUAAAAGUGUGUUGAUCCAGCUUUAUGCUCGUCCUGACGAUGCUGUUCUAGACCUUGCCUGUGGGAAGGGUGGUGAUUUGAUCAAGUGGGAUAAGGCAAGGAUCGGUUACUAUGUUGGAAUCGAUAUAGCUGAAGGGUCGAUUGAAGAUUGUCGAACGCGUUAUAACGGUGACGCAGACCAUCACCAACGUCGUAAGAAGUUCAGCUUUCCAUCCCGCUUAUUAUGUGGGGACUGUUUUGAAGUACAACUAGACAAGAUUCUUGAAGAGGAUGCCCCUUUUGAUAUCUGCAGUUGCCAGUUUGCUAUGCAUUACUCAUGGACUACUGAGGCACGUGCACGACGAGCUUUGGCUAAUGUCUCAGCUCUUCUUCGUCCUGGAGGCGUCUUUAUUGGAACAAUGCCUGAUGCCAAUGUUAUUAUCAAAAAACUCCGACAAGCUGAAGGUUUGGAGAUUGGUAAUAGUGUAUACUGGAUUCGUUUUGGUGAAGAGUAUUCUCAAAAGAAGUUCAAAUCUAGCAGCCCCUUUGGUAUUGAAUACGUAUUUCAUCUUGAGGAUGCUGUUGAUUGCCCUGAAUGGAUUGUGCCCUUUAACGUCUUCAAGUCUUUAGCCGAAGAGUAUGAUCUAGAGUUGGUGUUUGUGAAGAACUCACACGAGUUUGUCCAUGAGUAUAUGAAGAAACCAGAGUUUGUAGAACUCAUGAGAAGGCUUGGUGCUUUGGGUGAUGGUAACCAAGACCAGAGCACGUUAUCAGCUGAUGAAUGGGACGCUGCUUAUCUAUACCUCUCUUUUGUCUUGAGGAAGAGGGGAGGAGAAUCUGAUGGAGCUCAAAGGAAAGGAGGGAGGAGGAAGAAUGGGAAAAUGAACUUAUCCAAAGACGAUGUUUUGUAUAUUGACAACUGAAGUGUAAAAGAGUGUAACUUUACUCAACGGAGAGCGUCUCAAGACUCUGUUUUCGUCUAGCCUUUGUUUACUUUAGAAAGAAGACGAGAAUUAGCCUAAUAAUAUGGUAGUCGUUGAACAUUUGCGUUUUCAUAUGUGCUAGGCUUUAGCUGAAUAUACCAUCAGGAUUCUGACCAUCAUCAUGAUAUAACUCACCAGUUUUUGAACGGGGUC